UUUGUCUUUCCUCGCAGAAAGCGAAGUCGCAAGUUCUCCUCGUCUGCUUCCGCUUCUUCUUCUUCUUCUUCUUCUUCUUCUGCUUCUUCGCCCUCGUUCCUCCGCUUCGAGAAGGGCUCGCGUGGCGGUUCCUGCACUCGUCCUGGUUCGGGGACAAGGCCUCCGUUUCUCCCUCUAUCUCUUUCUCCCUCUUCGCGCGAGGAGAGGCUGCGCUAGGGCAAAGAGCGGAGAGCGCUCGCCCCCCCCCGCUCGUCACCCCUCGCGGUUUUCUUUUUCUUUUUUUAUUUUCACCGUUAGGGUUUUUUUUUUGGCUCCUCCGCGGGUGGCGACAUGAGGAAGAAGCUCGACACGCGAUUCCCGGCGGCUCGGAUUAAGAAAAUUAUGCAAGCUGAUGAGGAUGUCGGGAAGAUUGCUAUGGCUGUGCCUCUUCUUGUUUCUAAGGCAUUGGAACUGUUCCUGCAAGACCUUUGUGAUCGGACAUAUGAUAUAACCUUGAAGAGGGGAGCUAAGACACUGAACUCCUUGCAUUUGAAGCAGUGUGUCCAAACCUUUAACGUAUUUGAUUUCUUGAGCGAAAUUGUGAGCAAGGUUCCUGAUUUAGGUGGUUCUGACGCUGCUGGAGAUGAUCGGUCUGCUGCUAAAAGAAGGAAAAUGGUUGAUGAUGGGGAAAAUGACACUGAUGAUGAAUCAAAGAGGAGCCGCAUGAAUGAUACUGGUCACACAGGCAGUGCUGGGAGAGGGAAAGGUAGGGGCAGAGGGAGGGGUCGUGGGCGAGGUGGUCGAGCCUCAGAGGGGGAUGCAACUGUGCAGAAUGAGAAGUUUGAAGUCGAUGGAGACGUUCCUCAGCAGGACAAUUUAAAUCAGGAUCUUGAAGGGACAGAAAAUGGUGACCAUCUCAAUGAAUCAAAAGAUAGCAUUCCUACUCCUAGAUCUGCAGAACCGCCUGUUCGGAACUUUGACCUGAAUGUGGAUUUGGAUGAAAAUGGGGACUCAAAAUCGAUAUUAGCUUCUGGUCCGACCAGUAUAUCAGCAGCUCCCGACGCUGGAUUCAAGCAUGAGGAAUAUCCCGGGUGGUCUCUUUCCGAAGUUGAGAAGAUGGCCAUCGAUCCCAUUCAGCUUGCAAACUUGAAUAGAGGGAUGGAUGAAGAUGAUGAAGACUACGAUGAAGAAGGCUAGGUCAGCAGGGUGUUUUGGUGCUCUUUGUUGAUGCAAAACCAUUAGAUGUGUUUGGAUAGAGGCGUAGACAGCUGACAUGCUAAACUUAGGAAACAUCGUCAAGACAGGGUCAAAACUGACUAGGUCCAAGCUCCUUUAGGAAGUUCAUAGUUUAACGGGUCAGAUUGUAUACAUGUACAGAAGCUUUUGAUGGUUGUCACAUGGUGUUAUCAUCACUCAGCUCACCAUUGUCACUAACUUUUUAUCCCUUUUAGUUUGAAAUGUACUGACGCCCUCAAGUCUAUUUCGUGUUACAAUGCAUGAGUGCUGAAUCUUAUAUUUGUGUA